CAUGGACUUGAGGUGGUACCGUCAAAACCCGUUCACCACUUUAAUCCCAGCAUGCUUUGAGUCAUUUGAAAAGCGAAGCUUGGAAGGAAGAAAAUCUGACCUAUUUUAAAUAAUGGGUCAACAUCCUAAAUGUUUAUGUCCUUCUGAAACAAAUUAUGUCCUUCUUCUUGCCAUAUUAGCAUUCAUCUGUGUAGACUGGCAUUCACACCAGUAUCAUGCACCAGUAGAGACUCCCCUCUACAGUCCCAGCCCAUCGCCCCAAAAUCCCUGCCGCUGUUAGGAAGCACCUUCCCUCUCAGCUGGGCCACAGUCUACGCUGGACUGUCAACUGAGACUGUAAGGUUUACUCUCUCUGCCUGUGCGCUUGUGGGAUUAUCACACACACAUUCGUGUACAUGCACACAAACUAUUUUCCUUUUGCACAGCUUUUUUUAAGAGAAGACGUGAAGUGAGAAGACAUUUUAUGGAACUUGUUUUCAAUUAUUUGGAAAUUUCUUUGCCGUUGUGGUUUUCGUUUCACCUCGCGCUGGUUUCUCGCAUGUGAUGGAUCACACUUUGUUCGGCUGCCUGCGCAGCCCUCACGCCCCUCCGCAGGCCCUGCACCCCGCGUUCGCUCUUCACGGGCGCUCCGAGCACCAUUCCACCUAUCCUGACAUCUCCAGCAACUCUUCCUGCAUUGUGAGCGGCUACCCAGGUGAGGAAGGGGGACUUUUCGGGUCACACGGGCACCAGCGGGGGCCACCCAUCUCUCAACAACACCAUCAUCUCACCCAGCCACAACAGACAGGCUGGCACAUACAUCAGACGCCCAAUGCAUCACCAGCCGGCAGCCGCCUGGGACUGGGCAUGUCGGCCCCUGAUUCGGACAUGGGGCCCGGGGGCCCGAGCCUCUGUGCCAGCACGCCGAGCCUUGGCGGAGGGGUGCCCUCAGGGGCCUCCUGCGGUCCCGGUGGGGAUUUUGGACGUCAUACGAUGUCCCCAGCCGAGGCGGAGAAAAGAAGUAGUAAGCGAAGAAGCGACAGCUCUGAGUCCCAAGAUGGGAAUUACAAAUCGGACGUGAGCAACAAGCCAAGGAAGGAGCGGACGGCGUUUACCAAAGAACAGAUUCGAGAACUGGAGGCCGAGUUCGCCCAUCACAACUAUUUGACGAGACUGAGGCGCUAUGAAAUCGCUGUGAACCUGGAUCUCACGGAAAGGCAGGUGAAAGUGUGGUUCCAGAACAGACGAAUGAAGUGGAAGCGUGUGAAAGGAGGCCAGCAGGGGGCGGUAGCGAGAGAAAAAGAGCUCGUGAACGUUAAAAAGGGGACGUUGCUGCCUUCGGAGUUUUCAAGCAUUACUGGACUACACCAUACAUCGGACUCCCUUAUCAAUGAUGAUAGCCACGACAGCGACCAGAGCUCUGAAAACGCUCACUUAUGAUACAUAGAGAUACGGUUUGACGUGUGAUGCUGUUCUGGAGUCAGACGUAGUUAGGGAUUAUGUUUAUUGUCCUUUAUUUAACCAGGAGAAAAAACGUUGAUGGAGUGCACAGCACAUGGCGAUUUGGUGGCGACGAGCCACAUUCCCUUCAGGACGGGUCCUAUGAGUGACAUUGAGUGACAGUGGUCAAAAAAACCUGUACAAAUGUACACAGGACUGAUGCAUGUGUGUUUGGAUGAUUUGUGAUACUUCAUCUUGAACAUUCACCAUAAGACAGAGUGCAAAAAUGUUUACACAAAUUCUGAAAAAUGUUUAAUAUAGCUGCAAUGAAGGCGCUGUAAGUAUUGUUAGCCAUUUUAAAAUCAGACUUGGAUUUAUCAGAAUAAAACAGCUUUUUCAAAGAGGUAUGGAUAUGUUCUGCAUUAUUUUACAAUUUUUUCUAUCAAUAUAAAAGCAAGAAGAGCUUACAGCACCUUUAAAAAGCCCUCCCACUGCUCUUUUACUUGAAAGGUGGACUCUGAAUAUAGCAUUGGUCAAAUCUAAACACAUUCCAUUUUGAUCUUGAAUUGGAUAAAACAAAGCUGUAUGCUUUAGUUUGCACUGUGCCUUUAUUGAUUUCUACUGUAUGUAUCAUUUUUGUAUAUUUUUAUGUGAUCAAAACGAUCAAUCAAAUAAUGCAGAAGAGUCAAAGACAUUGCAGCUAUAUGCAGUAAAUAUCAGUAUGUAUGUGUUCAAAAGACGAAUGUUUCAUAUACACACAAUACCACAUGCUUCAACAAUAAACCUUUCUUAUUUU